AUGCAGAGCAUAGUUUCCCCUGUUGUUUGUCCCCAGGAUCUGCGGACCAGAGGAGCCCAGUCAGGAGGCAAAGAUGGCAACCGGAGGCGGCCACCAGGGGGCUCUGGCUGUGGGGAGGGGCGGGGAGGAAGGGGGCCAUUGGGAGUCCAGCUGGCCCUGCGGAGGGGGAGGAGGAGGAGGAGGUCGCCUGCCUUGGCUGGUUGGAGGAAGGGUCGUUGGAGAAGAGCGGGAUCCCCCUGCAAGCCUCUUGCCUGGGAAGCGAUCCUUGAGUUUGGAGCGUGGAGGCUCCAGGUGCCGGAAGCCUUUGUGGAGGUGACUGUGUGUUCCAGCGAAGGGCAGUGUCCGCUCAUGGGCCGCCGUCGGAGAGUCUUGUACAAGAACGUCAUGCAGGAGAACAGCAUGGCUUCGCUUGGUGUGAUUCCUGUCCGGGCUGCUGAGUUGGCCACUCACUUGGAAUGCAAGGAAGAGGCCUUCGUUCUGGAACUCCAGAGCUCCGAUGAGAACGCUGACGAAGGGCCAGUUAAACCAACCCUGAAACAGUUACCAAAGGGAGGGAUGUGGUGGGCGCGAUACAGAAGCCCUGUUGCGUACGCCAGUUCCGACUCCUCCAACUCAGAUGAUGAACUAGAGAGUGAAGAAGAAAAGCCUCAGCGUGGAGGUCAGAGGCUAAUGGUUACCCACCGAAAUUUGUUGGCCAGUUCUGAAGGGGACGGGUCCCAGAACCUCAAACUGAGACACACUUGUAAAAGUGGCCCCCAGCAGAAGAAACAUCCCCCAAACCGGGUCGGUGUUAUUGGCGAGAGCUCCGUCAAAGAAAGGGCUGCAGCGGGAGACCAUCGGAGCACCUGCCCAGACUGCGGCCAGUCCUUCAGAUCUAAAUUAUCUCUUUCGAACCACCAGAGGAAGCACACCAGGGAGAACCCCUACGAAUGCUCUUGCUGUGGAGAAAAGUUCACAGCCAAAAAAGUCCUGGCUGCUCAUCAGAUGAGGCACGCAGAAGAAAAGGGUUACAAAUAUCCCAGCAGUAUGAAAACCGCUUCAAAGCUUCAAAUAGUCAAUCCAGAAGAGAGACCCCACAAAUGUACUCAGUGUGGGAAGAGGUUUAAGGUGAAGUUCCACCUUGAACGACAUGAAAAGAGUCACAGCAAAGAGAGGCCUUAUAAAUGUCCCAGCUGUGGGAGGGGCUUCCUUCUAAAGGACUAUCUUAACAAACACCAAAAAAUCCACAGCAGGCAGGAAAAGUGUACAUCUCCCAAGACUGUACAAUUAGCAAGGGUGGAAAGUUCACCUGUUGCACCUAAAAAGAAACCGUCCUUGGACCCUGAGAGAGCCAUUGCACUGAACACCAGGCAUCAGAGAUUCUUUCUAAAACACUACGAAUGCCAAUUUUGCGGAAGAUGUAUGCGUGCCAAGAGUUUGCUUGUUGCUCAUGAGAGAAGUCAUAGGGAUGAGAGGCGCUAUAAAUGUUCCCACUGUAAUAAAAGCUUUUAUCAUAAGCAUCAUUUUGAGAAACACAAGAGAAUCCACCUGAGAAGGCAGCCAGAAUGCAGACCUCCCAAGAGGAUGAAACGGCCAAGCGCAAAGAGUUCCCCGUCUGAUUGUGGAAACUUCCACACUACAGAAAAUCCUUCUAAAAGCCCUGUUGAUAGGAAAAUCAUCCCUCGCAACCUUCACCUUGCUCAGCGCCUGAAAUGCCUGCGCAAGACAAAGAUCUUUAAAUGUCGGUAUUGUGGGAAACGUAUGAGCCAAAGUAGUUCUCUCGUGAAUCAUGAGAGAAUUCACAGAGGAGAGAGACCCUACAGAUGCCAGGAUUGUGGAGAGAGUUUCCGUCGAAAACACCACCUUGACAGACACUUGGUAACCCACAGAAGUGGGAAACCCUUGAAGCAUAGGAAGAACGUGAAACGAUUGAAUGUGAAGAGUUCCCUUCCUGGAGGAAUCAACACUAGGCAGAAACCUGAUAAGGACUUGGUCAAGGAACAUACUGUCACUCACAGCUCACGUUUCGCUAGGCAACCAGAAACCCGUUCAGAAGAUGAACUCUACAAAUGUAAGUUUUGCGGGAAAGUCUUGCAAACCAAGAAUUCAUUUCUCAGGCAUGAGAGAUCCCACAAGGGAGCGAAGCCAUACACUUGCCUGGAGUGUGGGAAAAAGUUCUCUCAAAAGAAUUAUCUUGGAUGCCACCAGAGAAGCCACAUGAGAAAGAAGCCUUUUAAAUGCUCAGACUAUGGAACAAGGUUGACCCGGCAAAAUACCUCCCUCCGUUGCGGGAGCCCUCAGGAAAGAAAGCUGCCCUUUUCAUGCCUGAAAUGUGGGAAGAGUUUUCAUGAGAAUUAUUACCUCAGGAGACAUCAAAAGAUUCACACUGGCGCAAAACCCUUCAAAUGUGCCACAUGUGGGAAAGGCUUCAUUCAGACCUGGCAUCUGAGGAGACACGAGAGAGUCCAUCUGAAAGAAAGAAAUCUCAAACAGCCUGCUGAGCCCGAGGAAAGGCAAUUAUUUCCCAGUCCUGCAAACGGAAACUCGCCUGAAAGGAAGGAUCAGAGGGAUCCACCUGUAACUAUCAAUGGGCAGAAGGCAAGUAAAAAUGACCUCGGUCAGCUGGUCCCACCAACAAAGUGUCCCCAAAAGAUUAUCCUCCAGGGCCUCAAGAAUGAAAAGGUCCAUGCUGGUCAACCGCUGGAAGAAUGUCUGGCGAGCCCAGUAAGAAAGUCUAAACGAGAAGCACAGCUGGCUGGGAAGCCGUGCAAGUCUUGCUUCUGUCAGCAAGAGGAACCAGGAAUGACACCUGGAAGGAAAUCUAAAGAGACUCUGACCUGCACGAAGGUAAAAGCUGACAUCAGUCUUCAAAGGAAGCCCCAAGUAAAUAUUUCCUCAAAUAUGUCUAAAAGGCUGCUAAAAAGUCCCAACUCAAGAGAAGCCGUUCUUGAUGAGGAAUCCCAGCCAACGUUCUCUGGAGAAUUCAAAAUGGAGGCUGAUGAAAAUCCUGUGCUAGGGAACUCUGUAGAACUCUAUAGAACUUCUAUAGAACAGCAGGAAGUGCUAGGGAAGAGAGCAUUUGUCUUUCCGAGUUGCAUAGCAGAAAAAUCUGAGCCCAUUGACAUCAGUGAGCUCCAAACAUUACCAAGGCUUCCCGAAAGCCAUGUCGAGAACAGUAGCCAACAAGUUCAAGCAACAAAUGAGCUCAAAGGUACCGUUGUUCACAACUUGGGCAUGGCUUCUGCCAAUUGGCAGUUUGAUGCGCAACCGGCAUCAUUAAAAACUGUGGAAAAACUCACUCCUCAGUGGAAGGCGAGAACCAGUGACGACCAGCAAGGGAAGGCAGUGAAGAGAGAACCUGAAACAGAUGCUUCUGAGGGAGAAGUUGGUAUUACUCCCGGUAGAUCGGAAAAACUUGCAUGUACGAUAUGCAAGAAGGCCUUUAGGAGUCGAGUAAACCUUAUGAUACACGAGGACUACCACACUAGGCAAAGACCUUUUCAGUGCAGUCAGUGUGUGAAAAGGUUCUGUGCUUUACCAACCCUUAACGUUCACAUGCGAAUCCACACUGGAGAGAAACCAUUCAAAUGCUCCGAGUGCCCGUUCCGCUGUAAUGUCAGCUCAAAUCUUAGUCGGCACAAGCGAACCCACACUUCACGACCAGAGGACCCCAAGCCUCAAGGCCACCCUCUGUGAAACGGCUUUUGGUUCAAUACAGUCUCCUGCUCCCACUUAAAACCCACUUUCGGGAGGAGGGAGGCACCUUUUCGAGUGCUUUCUGACACUCAAUGGGCGCGUUUUCACACACCAGAACUUCCUCAACCUGCACAGAAGAUUCAAACACAGUUCGGAGACCAGUGAAUGGCCCAAGGAGGAACAGCACACCCAUCCCCCUGGAGGGGAUUCCUAGGGUGCGUGAUCAGUGCAGCACAGCACAUGAAAGGUGAAAGCAAGGAUCUUGGGUUGGAUUUUAGCAUUUUCCCCCACUGUGCACUGAAGGCAAAGACAGCUCUCAUUUAUGCUUGGCUUUUCUUCUUCCGUACAAGCUGAGCUUCUUGGGAAACUCUGUGUAGAUCAGAUUGAGCCUUCCUUGAUAUUGCAUUUCAUUUUCUCCAUACAGCUAGGACAGACCUCUGCUAAACACUUCCUUGGGCCAGUGAACCUUUUGGACCUUGUUCUGUGCCCCAACUGAAUCCUUCUUCUUACACGUGGAUCUCAUUUCUCCAGUACUGACUGCAUCUUAUCGAUUUUUAUGCGGGUCUGAUGCUGGAAGAUCCAGUAAUUCGCAUUUUUAGCCAAAUAUGUGUACAUGGUUUUGUUGACGUUGAUCAUCUUAGAUCUCUAACUUGGCAGUAUAAGUCCCAGUGCUGAUUGGCUCAUUCAGAGAAAUCACAUGAUGCAGGCUUUCUUGGCCCAAACCAUUUUAAGAGGGGUGGAUAGAAAUUCAGGGGUUUGAUAUCUCUCCCCCACCCCAUGCAAAAUACUGCUAGGAGCCAUCCAUUCAGUUUUCCACAUUGCGACACUAAUUCCUAGUGCCAGUGUUUCCUCUGGGAAAGAAGAAGAGUUGGAUUUAUAUC